AUGGUAGCUCCCACAACUCCAGUCAUCAAACUACACCGCGUACUACAACGGACACCUUCACUUCGCCAGCAUUGCAGGUGCUUAUCUAUCCAUAUUUCCGAUAUUUUAGCAGCGCGCUCGCCGCAUCAUUUUGACAUUGUGAAUGACUUUGCGCGCUGGUUAACGAGAGUGCGGUGUCUGAGUGUCCAUGGCGGGUUUGAAGAAAAAUUCAACAACCCACAUACUUGGGCUUUGAUUCGGAAUCUGGUCGUUAAUAUGAGAGAGGUUGAACAUGCAACAAUAAGUAGAGAGUGGUUUGGGCUCUACCUGGGACCAAUUAUGAGAAAUAUUGAGUUUCCGAAGCUGAGAGAGUUGAAUAUUCAUGGAAUUUCGCAUUCGAAAAAGGAAAUCACAAUCCUAGAUCCGAAGAAACACCGCACCGCAUCUUUCACAGCCCUCUCCAUCUCUGACUAUGAAGAAUCCCCGGGAUCCACGGCUCUCCUCAUCCAGUGGCCCACCACUCUUGUUCACUUCGAAUUCGGGAGCUUCUACAACAACCCCCACAUCAUGGACCUCCCCAUGUUCCAGUCCUGGCUCUUCAUCCAUCGAGAAACCCUUAAGAAUAUUAACAUUGGCUACCUCUCGCGCGCUGGUAGUAAACGUCUCUUUGACGCUACAUUCUUUCCUAAUCUCGAGUCCUUACAGCUAUCCAGGUGGCAAAUGGAGCGUCCACUUCAAUUUACUGCGGAAGAUGCCAAUGUAUUAGGACCGAAGGUAAAGCUGUUUGGGUGGGACUUUAGCAUCUAUGAUCAGCAUAAUGAAGGUUGGGAUGACUUUGGAGAGAACGAAGAAUCCUGGAUCUCUGAGCUUGGAAAAGCCGCCGUAGCAAGGCAGUCAAGCCUGAAAACGAUCGCGAUAUAUUUUGGGCCGGACCAUUGGGGGGCCGGGAAGAAGGAGAGUUAUCCUUGGGAUCGAAUGGAUAGUGUAAGGGACGGCAUUAUGCGGCCGAAUGGCAUGGAUCUGGUGUAUAACAGGCCGUGUAUUUCGAGGGAGGAGUGGUUGGCGGAGAGGAGGGGCGGGACUAAAGCGGAAAGCAUUUCUCUGUCGGAUCUGAAUAUGCAAGAAGCACCAGAAUCAGCAUCAGCGGAUGAAUCAGAGUCAGAGUCAGACACCCUGGUCAUGGCGGAGCCAGGAUUCUAUGGAAGGGAUAUUCGGUGGUAUUUUGCUCCUGUGCAAAGGCCCUGGAAUAUUUCCGAGCUCAGAGGUUAG